GAUAAAGUUGAUAAUUAUUCUUACAUGCUUGGUAGGCAGGGAGAAAAAUUUGUUGAUGUCAAUUGAAGGAAGUGUACCAUGGACGAUUCCGACAGUUUUACCACUUACGAAGAUCCACUUUAUUCGAGUAAAUCCGAAGCAGAAACAACAAAAGACUCGAAUGCCGAAAACAAUUUUCGAAAUGAUUAUCCAGAUGAGGAGGAAGACUUUUCUGGUUAUGCGGAUAGUGCGAGCGCGGAAAGUAUGAGAUCAGCUGAUCUGAGUUUCGUUGAAAACGAAGGGGAACUACCCGGCGGAAGUGACAGCAGUGGGUUUGCCUAUCCCAUUCAAGAAGAGGUUGAAGUGAAUGUUCUUCCAGCCAAAGUAACCCCAUUUGAAUCUGCUUACGCUAAGUACAUGGCAGCACGCGCUAUGCAAAAUAGUACGGAUGAAUGCGAUUUGGAGUUGGAGAGUAGUGAAAGUGAAAAUUUAUAUCUGUACGAUUGA